GCGCUUCGGCCUCGACCACCGCCAAAGCCGCCGCCUGAGUCGAUCGUGGUCAUUGCGGCCCAGACAGCGAAAGCUGUCGCGACUCCGAAGGCGCCCGUGCAGGCAAAGCCCGAGGGGCCCGAGGUGGGCCAUGGCGAUGCCGCGGCCGAGAAGGCUGCUGAGGAACCUGAUGAACGCUCUGCCAAACGCCAGCGGCUCGAGCCGCUCCAGGAGGCGGACGCGGAUGGCAGCACGGGCGUCGACUGGGUGCAGCAGCCCCUUGGCGUCCUUGGCUUUGGCGCCGACCUACCCGAUUCGACUGAGCUUCCCACCUGGUGGGGCAGCGUGGCGGCAGCGCAUCGGCACAUGGAGGAGGAAUACAAUCGCGGCUUCGAGGCGUACUUCAGCGCGCGCGUCGCCUGGAGGGCGUUCGCCGACGCGAUGCGCGCCGCGGGGCAGGACGAAGAGCUCACGAUCGCUGAGGGGCUCUACAAAGAGAUGUGGGAAACGCGGGUCGACCAGGCGGAGGAUCUCUUUGACGCCUGGGACGCCAUGGCCCAGGCCGAGCGGGCCGUCGAGUCGAAGCAGCAGGCCCUGGAUGGCGCCCUCAUCAGAGACGUCUCGGUACUAGCUGUCAAUUCGUUGAUGAGCGAGUCGGCAGUCCAUCGGACGUCGGUGUCGGAGGCGUCGGUGUUGGACGUCCUCCAGGGCAAGGCCCCGACCGUGGAGGACUUGGUCGCGCGUGCAGCUCGCACUGACAAGAAGAGACUUUCUCGCAGGACAGGCGGUACAGGCGAUGGCGCCAUUGACCUCGAGGGCGACAAUGACGCCCAGGAGUCCCACGAGCAUGGCGUCGAGCAACGUCUGGGUCUAAGCAAGAAGGCCAAGGUGGAGCACGAGCUCGGGCAGGACAGUGAAUGCCAGCUGGAGAAAGCAACGCCAUCAUUUGUAGACGUGAUCCUCCACGAGUCCGAGGUCCUGCAUUGUUCGGUGCUCCCCGACGAGGACAACGAGCCGCUCCCCGACGAUGACGAUGACGAUGAUGCUGUCUCGGUCGCGUCCAAGGUCACUGUAGCGACGACUGCGGGGCGGCGGAGUACGGGUACAGGCAGCGGCAAGAAGUUGCGCAGGCGUCCGCCGAACUACUGGAUCGAGAAACUCAGCCUGCGCUCCGCCAUGCAGCAUGGCUACGACAAGCGCGACAGCAUGCGCGCCGAGGAGUCGAAGGUAAAGGAAGCUACGGGGCCACUUUCUGGAGACGCCGACCGUCUGGGACAGCAUCUGUCGAAUGUCUACCAGCUUGCGAAGUUGCAGAAGGCGUUGGUCGUCGAUGAGCCUGACGUGGAUACAAUUGCCAGGAUGCGGCUCGCUGGCCGCUUGGGCCUGGACCUGCUGCCCGAUACAUUGGUCGGGGUCUGCAUGAGGGCAGCGCGGACUUGCUCACGGGAGAUCAUCGGCACUGACACGUUGAAUGACGAGUUCAUCAAGCGGUUGUGUUGCAUUUCGUUGCCAUGGGCCGCUGAAGGUGCCACGUUCAAAGUAGGCGAGCCCUCGAUUGGCACUCUCUGGCCUCUGCUGCCUUCGCCGAUGAUUUCCGAAGCCGUGGUCAAGUGGUUGAUCGACGACACGCUCGUGCCAGCCGUCUGCUCCUACGACGCCCAAGUGAACCACGCCCGCCUCAUGGGCAUUGCAACCGCCAUCGACGCGGCGUUCGAGGACAUCCCUGCCGACAUUGCCGUGUCGAAGCCAAUCCUCCAUGUGGUGGACAGCGUGACAACGUCAGCGAGGGCGAUUAUCGUCGUCUUGAACCCUUCCAUCAGCAAUGACACCAUGCCCGAGUACUUCGACGACGUGAUCACGGUGGACAAGCAGAGCAACAGGGCCGCCCCGACAGUGGCUUGCAACGUCGGCCUCAAGAUCAAGGCGAACCAGCAGCUGGCGUUGCGCUUCGAGGACUUCGCGACCAAAGGGACGAUGUGGAGACAGAAGGCUCCCGAGAUCAAGCGCGCCUUGGCUACUAUCCAGCAGCUCCCGACUACUGACCUGGACGGCGCGACGACGGCCAUUGCUGCGCUUACAGACCUGCACAGCAAGUAUGCCAACGUGCUCCCAGACAACACGUUCGAGAACGCCAUCGCUGCCGCCAUCCGCCUAGUCAAGGGCAUUCAUGAGUCCAUCAGUGCCGUGUCCGACGACGUCGCUACCCUACAGCGUGCAAGUAAGUUGUUCAUGGACGUCGGCUUGCUCGCCCCACUGAACGUUGAUAUGGACACCCUGGUUCACGAUGCCCGUCAGCGGGCCCAGCUGGCGGCAGCAAAACAACAAGCAUCCAACAUGCAAGCCAGGUUCGAGGAUAUGGUCGCCACGUGGGGUGACACUACUUGCGACAUCGACGCUUUUGUUGCGAUAUUGCAGCAGCAGGGGCAAGUACCUACUACCCAGGGUGACGCGAAGAUCGCAGACCUGGCCAAUGACCUGAUGAUGAAAGCUUCCAUCGAGUUGUGGGUGGAGAAUGCCAGCGAGGACAAGUUCACUUCAUGUUUUGCCUUGUGCUCGGCUCUCCACCGCUAUUUGUCCAAGGCCGCGGCUGCAGAGAACGUGCUCUUGUGCGAGUGGGCAAAAUCGACUCGGAAGCUGAGCGAGAAAUUAGAGUACCUUUCCAGAGCAACAGAGCAGAGUGAGCGGAAUUGGCCAGAGGAGGAACGGCUUCUCAUUGCCCUGGCGCACAGUCAACGGUCUUUGGAAACCAAGACGUCGGGCAAGAGCUUGUCGGUGCCGCUGGCGGUGAUCAACCUGAUGACGAAUGUGUCGAGAUUCUUGGAGAAGCUCAGCACGGAACACAUUGACCGCCUGCGGGAGAAGCACGAGCCUUUGGUGAAGAAGACCAAGGAGUACACGUACUUUGAUCGCCCCUACUACGACGGAGUGGACGUGGACGGGGAUUGUUGGGAGGAGUUCGUCGAGAAGAGCAACAAUACGCUGAUGCGCCUUGACAGCUCGUCGAUCGACUCGCGCGUCGAGGAGCUCAAGAGAGCGACCAUGCACGCCCUUCAGUCGAAGGACGGGCAGUGGAAGGAUAUCUCAGACGUCAUCACACAUGCGAUCAGCAUCAACUGCCAGCUGAAGUUCAUGGCCAAGAUCAAGUCGAGUGAGAAGACGGAGUGGCGGUCGGCGGCGUUUUCGUGCGUGACAGAGUUGCAGCAGCAUGGGAUAUCGAAGGAAUCGCUCCCUAAGAUCGUGCUGCGCCGCCUGACCAACGCCAUGAAGAUGAAGGGCGGCUUGGCUGCCAAGU